AGAGCCUGGACAGCACUGAGUCAAACAUAAAGCAUCAGGAGUCUCUCCUCUCCACAGAAGCUCCACAGCCUCCACACCCACCCUGAAGAUGACUCCCAGUGUCAGCCUGCUGCUGCUGCUCCUGCUCGGCCUCUCUCAGGCUCAUCCUCUCCAGGAGGAGGUAGUUGAAGAAGACAUCCCAGAGGACACCAUGGACAUCACCACCAGGAUUCUGACCUCAAACAACGCCACAGAUGAGAUCCUGCUGGAAGGAGACCUGCUCGCUCCGAAAACCAGAAACGCCAUGAAGUGCUGGUCCCAGAGCUGCCUGUGGAAGAAAGCCUCCAACGGUCAGGUGGUGAUCCCCUUCACCGUGAGCAGCGAGUUCACCAGCUAUGAGAGGCAGAAGGUCGACCGUGCCAUGAAAGCCUUCCACAGCAGUACCUGCAUCCGCUUCGUCCCCCGUCAGAACGAGUACGACUACAUGGGCAUCGAGAACAAAGGUGGAUGUUUCUCCUCUCUGGGCAGAGUGGGAGGCAGACAGGUGCUCUCUCUCAACAGGCAGGGCUGCCUACACCACGGAAUCAUCCAGCACGAGAUCAACCACGCUCUGGGCUUCCAGCACGAGCAGACCAGGAGCGACCGCGACAGCUACGUCAGGAUCAACUGGGAGAACAUCAACCAGCGGAUGGCCUACAACUUCCACAAGCAGGACACCAACAACCUGAACACUCCCUACGACUACUCCUCCAUCAUGCACUACGGAAAAACAGCCUUCUCCAUCCAGCAGGGGAGGGACAGCAUCACCCCCAUCCCCAACUCCAACGUCCAGAUCGGCCAGAGGCAGGGCAUGUCCUACUGGGACGUCAUGAGGAUCAACAGGCUCUAUGGCUGCUAA